AUGCCCCCAAUUGGACAAGACCCAUGGCUGCUGAGCGAACAGAGAUGGACGACCCGCGUCGGCGAAGGAUGGGUCCCGAAGAGAGUUCUUGGGUACGGUGGAUACGCCAUCGUCGGACUGUGGUCAUACGAAGGCCCAGAUAGACAGCGGGCUACCCCAAAGGAUAUAGUGGUUAAACAAGCUCUAGCUAAUCCAGGGCUCGAAAUUGAGGCCCAAUUUUUACAACGAUUUAAAGACUGUAGGUCGGAGCAUAUAGUCAAAAUUUAUCGAGGACUAUCCCAGGAGGCUGGUCAGGGCACAGAGGACUAUGACCCCAGCAACGGGGCAGUUCAUCGAAUCUACCUCGAAUAUUGUCCGGGUGGUGACUUGUUCGACGCUGAUAAAAGGAGAUUUACAGAGUUAGAUUUAUGGCGCAUAUUUCAUUGCCUGGCUCGAGGCAUUUUGGUAAUGCAUCAAGGAAACGAAGAUCCAGAAGGUUCACGCUGGGACAUACCCCAGAUCUGUCACUUUGAUAUCAAGCCCGAAAAUAUAUUUAUCGGGAAGCCAAUAAUGAAGGACGAUCAUGACAGCACGUCGCCGUAUAAGGAGCAAUUGCAUUUCCCUAUCCAGCAACUGAAUAUGCCAGAGGCAGAUCUCCGUGACUAUGUCAGACCUUGGCAGCCAGAAGUAGAUCGACCAAGCCGAAUAAUAAAUCCUCGUUAUGGUACUGCCAGCAACAUAUGGCAGGCUGGGCUUAUCAUGCUCUGCUUAAUACGCGAGAUGAGGGAUGUUCAAUGGGAUGCGCUGCAAUGCUAUCAAUCCUCCGCAUCAAUUAGGCUCAUAACUGGAGGCCUCACUGUUGGUACGGAUGAGGAUCAAAUGGAAGAUGAAUACGGCACCUCCCGUUACGGCAAUAAUUUGCGGAUCCUAAUUGCAGAAUGCUUGCUCAUCUCACCUGAGUCUCGUCCAAGUCCCAAAUACGUCUUCUAUCGGACAAAAUUUGGCAUCACCGCGCAUCGCCCAGCAGAGCCACCAAGUUCGCCUAUGCGGGAACCAUCGAGACGUUAA